UAUCACCGCAUUUUUACCAGUCAGCAAAUUGGUCUUCGCUCCACCAGUAAAACAGCAAAUCAAUCCAAUAAUUUAUUGUUUCCUUUUCAACACGCGCAUAGAUUUCAUCGUCUACACUUGUAUAAAUUUGCUCCCAACUACCUCAUUCCUUCAGAGGAAAAUGGGGAGUUUGAAGGCGAUUUUUAGGCACCCGGAUGAUUUAUACCCACUGAUAAAGCUUAAAAUGGCGAUGAGGCAUGCGGAGAAGCAGAUCCCGCCGGAGCCACACUGGGCAUUUUGCUACACUUUGCUUCACAAAGUCUCCAGAAGCUUCGCUCUCGUUAUUCAACAGCUUGAUACCGAUCUUCGUGACGCUGUGUGCGUAUUUUAUUUGGUUCUUCGAGCUCUUGACACCGUUGAGGAUGAUACAAGUAUACACACGGAGGUUAAAGUGCCUAUCCUGGAGACUUUUCACCGUCACAUAUAUGAUCGUGAAUGGCACUUUUCAUGUGGUACAAAGGACUACAAAGUUCUCAUGGAUCAGUUCCAUCAUGUUUCCACUGCUUUUCUGGAGCUUGGAAGGAGUUAUCAGGAGGCAAUUGAGGAUAUCACCAGGAAGAUGGGUGCAGGAAUGGCAAAAUUUAUAUGCAAGGAGGUUGAGACAGGUGAUGAUUACGAUGAAUACUGUCAUUAUGUGGCUGGACUUGUUGGAUUGGGCUUAUCAAAACUAUUCCAUGCUUCUGGUAAAGAAGAUUUGGCUUCUGAUACUCUUUCCAAUUCAAUGGGUUUAUUUCUUCAGAAAACAAACAUCAUCAGAGACUAUCUGGAGGAUAUAAAUGAGAUACCAAAAUCACGCAUGUUUUGGCCUCGAGAAAUUUGGAGUAAAUAUGUUAGCAAACUUGAGGAACUAAAAUAUGAGGAGAACUCCGUCAAGGCAGUACAGUGCCUGAAUGACAUGGUCACAAAUGCUUUGGCACAUGUAGAUGAUUGCCUAAAAUACAUGUCUGCAUUACAAGAUCCUGCCAUCUUUCGAUUUUGUGCUAUUCCGCAGAUCAUGGCAAUUGGGACAUUAGCUAUGUGCUACAACAACAUUCAAGUCUUCAGGGGCGUUGUGAAAGCGAAUCUCUUGGAAACAGUGAUAGUGGAAGGUGUUUCGAAGGCUUCGGCCUUGACGUCAUGGGCUUCGGAGGCUACCACCUCGGUCCACUGUGCUUCGGACUUAUGA